CAUGGUGAUUGUGUGCCUUGUUUUAAGUGUUUUGGCUUCCAUUCAUGAAUUUGAAAAAUUACUUAGCUGUUAUGUGAUGUAUACUGAGAUUAUUAUGUUGUUGUGGAUAGCAUCAGAGUUUAUUUUACGUUUGUGGGCAGCAGGUUGUCGGUCGAGAUAUCAGGGACUUCGGGGUAGAAUGAGAUUCUUUAAAAGACCAUUAUGUAUUAUAGAUUUUAUAUUGGUGUUAGCAAGUAUAACCACGUUAAUUAUUGGUGGUACUCAGGACAUGUUUGCUACAUCCUCCCUGCGUGGAUUACGUUUCUUCCAAAUUUUACGUAUGGUGAGGAUGGAUAGAAGAGGAGGAACGUGGAAACUUCUCGGCUCUGUUGUCUGGGCUCAUAGACAGGAACUUAUUACUACAUUAUAUAUCGGAGUAUUGGGGCUGAUAUUUUCUUCCUUCCUGGUUUAUCUGGUAGAGAAAGAUGCUUUAGGUCAAGGCAUUGGCAAAGACGGUGGACCAAUCAAAAAAUUUUCCAGUUUUGCAGACGCUCUUUGGUGGGGUGUGGUAACAUUAUGUACAGUUGGUUAUGGUGAUGUGGUGCCAACAACCUGGGCUGGUAAACUAAUAGCAUCAUUCUCAGCCAUUCUGGGUAUCUCAUUCUUCGCUCUUCCAGCAGGUAUCCUAGGUUCAGGUUUUGCUUUGAAAGUUCAACAGCAGCAGAGACAAAAACAUUUGAACAGACGUCGAAUUCCAGCAGCCAUGUUGAUUCAGAGUUUAUGGCGUUGCUAUGCAGCAGACGAACAUUCCAUGUCAGUUGCCACGUGGAAGUGUCACAUGGUACCAUUACCAAGUCCAUCAGUAGAAAGAGAACGGCCAUGGAAAAACCAAGCUUCAUUCGUCAGUAGAUUUUCAACCAAACGUAGAGACCGUUCAUCCACACACAACUCUUCUCUAAAUCAUCGCGAGAGUAUGAUUGGUGCUCAAUCACCCAUGAUUCCCCGUCAGAACAGUGCACGACGCGUCACCACUUCCUCCAUGGGUGGAGGACCAGAGGAAGAUGUUCCGGAUGCACUUCAGAGGUAGAAAAAUAUGUUUUUUCUUUUACUUUUGUUUUUGUGAUGGAGUGUAAUAUUGGCACUGCUUUCGUGCAUUCAGCUUGUGUGCACAAAUGA